ACAGGAAGUGGUAAAACUUUAACACACACCACUGCUCUGUCAGUCAGUCAGUCAUUAGAGGGACAGGAUGGAGCUCAGUCCACUUCCUGUGAUGCUCUUGCUGAUUUCACUCAUACCAGUGGUCCAGGCUCAAGUAAAACCCAAACCGACUGUGAGAGUGAAUCCUCAGAGCUCCGUCUACACUGGAGACACCGUCACUCUGAGCUGUGAGCUGCAGCAGGAGACUGGAUGGGAGUUUUACUGGUACAAAAAUAAUCAGCUGUUACAGAAUCUGAACAGUGAACAAGUGAACACACUUAAAGUGACAGUCGAUAAUGCAGGAGAAACAGAGUACAAGUGUCGAGCAUACGGGAGAAUCUACAACUAUCGCUACUACUACUUUGAGUACACAGAGUUCAGUGAUCCUGUGAAGAUUACAGUGAGAGUAAAACCCAAACCGACUGUGAGAGUGAAUCCUCAGAGCUCCGUCUACACUGGAGACACCGUCACUCUGAGCUGUGAGCUGCAGCAGGAGACUGGAUGGGAGUUUUACUGGUACAAAAAUAAUCAGCUGUUACAGAAUCUGAACAGUGAACAAGUGAACACACUUAAAGUGACAGUCGAUAAUGCAGGAGAAACAGAGUACAAGUGUCGAGCAUACGGGAUAUACAACUACAACUACUACUACACAGAGCUCAGUGAUCCUGUCAAGAUUACAGUGAGAGUAAAACCCAAACCGACUGUGAGAGUGAAUCCUCAGAGCUCCGUCUACACUGGAGACACCGUCACUCUGAGCUGUGAGCUGCAGCAGGAGACUGGAUGGGAGUUUUACUGGUACAAAAAUAAUCAGUGGUUACAGAAUCUGAACAGUGAACAAGUGAACACACUUAAAGUGACAGUCGAUAAUGCAGGAGAAACAGAGUACAUGUGUGAAGCAUACAGCAGAAAUUACAACUACUACACAGAGCUCAGUGAUCCUGUCAAGAUUACAGUGAGAGAAAAACCCAAAGUGACUGUGAGAGUGAAUCCUCAGAGCUCCGUCUACACUGGAGACACCGUCACUCUGAGCUGUGAGCUGCAGCAGGAGACUGGAUGGGAGUUUUACUGGUACAAAAAUAAUCAGCUGUUACAGAAUCUGAACAGUGAACAAGUGAACACACUUAAAGUGACAGUCGGUAAUGCAGGAGAAACAGAGUACAAGUGUCGAGCAUACGGGAGAAACAACUACAACUACUACUACUACUUUGAGUACACAGAGUUCAGUGAUCCUGUCAAGAUUACAGUGAGAGUAAAACCCAAACCGACUGUGAGAGUGAAUCCUCAGAGCUCCGUCUACACUGGAGACACCGUCACUCUGAGCUGUGAGCUGCAGCAGGGGACUGGAUGGAAGUUUUAUUGGUACAAAAAUAAUCACCGGUUACAGAAUCUGAACAGUGAACAAGUGAACACACUUAAAGUGACAGUCAAUAAUGCAGGAGAAACAGAGUACCGGUGUCAGGCACACAGGAGAAACAACUACAACUACUACAUGACACAAUUCAGUGAUCCUGUCAAGAUUACAGUGAGAGUAAAACCCAAACCGACUGUGAGAGUGAAUCCUCAGAGCUCCGUCUACACUGGAGACACCGUCACUCUGAGCUGUGAGCUGCAGCAGGAGACUGGAUGGGAGUUUCAAUGGUACGAAAAUAAUCAGUGGUUACAGAAUCUGAACAGUGAAAAAGUGAACACACUUAAAGUGACAGUCGAUAAUGCAGGAGAAACAGAGUACAAGUGUCGAGCAUACGGGAGAAUCUACAACUAUCGCUACUACUACUUUGAGUACACAGAGUUCAGUGAUCCUGUCAAGAUUACAGUGAGAGUAAAACCCAAAGUGACUGUGAGAGUGAAUCCUCAGAGCUCCGUCUACACUGGAGACACCGUCACUCUGAGCUGUGAGAUACAGGAUGAAAGUGUCUCUAGCUGGCAGUACAGCUGGUAUAAAGAUACUUCACACAGUCCUGUCAGUAGUGAACAGGUGUACAGUAUCAGUGGUGUUGAAGUGACCCACACAGGUACAUACACCUGUAGAGGAACAGAGAGAGGAGGCUCACACUCCUCACACUCCAGUGAUGUUAUUACACUGACUGUAUCAGAGAGACCACAGGCAGUACUGAGUGUAUCUCUACAGAGCUGGCUGACUGAAGGAGACUCAGUGACUCUAAGCUGUGAGGUUACAGACUCCUCUACAGACUGGACAUUCAGCUGGUACACAGUUGUUCCCUACAGAGACGGAUUAACUGGAAUAAAUAAUAAUCGUGGCUAUAUCGUGUAUGUGGAGCUCCUCUCAGACAGCAGCAGAGGAUCUGGAGGCAAAUACACUCUCAGUCCUGCUGCUCUUAAUCACACAGGAGUUUAUAUGUGCAGAGGAGAGAGAGGAGAACCAGCCUUUCACACACAGUACAGCAAUCUACAGCCACUAUGGAUCACUGGUGAAUCUCCUCCAGUCUCUCUGAUCAUCAAUCCCAGCAGAACUCAACACUUUACUAAUGACUCUCUCUCACUGAGCUGUGAGGACCAGAGUAAGUCUACUGGAUGGACAGUGAGACGAUACACACACAGUGAGAGAGUGUUAGAUUGUUCACACUGGGGAUCAGUUACAGGAUCUACAUGUAACAUCAGCUUCCUCUCCACAUCCUACACUGGAGUUUACUGGUGUGAGUCUGAAUCUGGAGAAAACAGUAAUCCUGUCAACAUCACAGUGCAUGAUGGUGAUGUGAUCCUGGAGAGUCCUGUCCAUCCUGUGACUGAGGGACAUCCUCUGACUCUACGCUGUUUAUAUCACAACCCAAAUCCCUCAAACCUCCGAGCUGAUUUCUAUAAAGAUGGAUCAGUUCUCCAGAACCAGACUACAGGAGAGAUGAUCAUCCAAACUGUCUCAAAGUCAGAUGAAGGUUUCUACCACUGUGAACACCCAGAGAGAGGAGAGUCACUGAAAAGCUGGGUCUCAGUCAGAUUCUCAGGUCCUAUAUCCAAUGAUGGAACAUUAGGACUGGUUGUGGGUUUGGGAUUUUUGUUCAUCACUUUUCUGAUCUUAAUGAUGCUGCUGUGGUCCUACAAAAGAAAAAAAGAAAAGCAGAAAACCAAUCAGACAUCAGAACUGAAUCAGAACCAGUCAGGAGCUGAAGACUCUCAGUCAGGACACACACCACUUCAGGCUGGAAGUGCUAAUAUUUAUGACACUGUGGAUGAGUCAGACAUGAGAGGAACAGGUGAAGCUGCAGCUGAGCUCAACACAGCCAUUUACACACAGGUCAUGAAGAAAAAGAAGGCAAACAGAAAUAAUGGUGCUGACACUGAUGUGACUUAUGCUGAGAUUGAACUGAAACCAAUGCUAAAAACAAAGAGAAUAAAAGAGACAACCAAUGUUGGUGAUGAGUCUGUAUACUCAGAGGUGCGGAAGCACAUGAAGUGAGCCGUGUGUCUAUGUACACUGAUGAAGCCAGUGUCAUCAAAUAGAUUGUGUUUGCCAUAAAAUAUUCAGCUGUUAAUCUUUUAAAUUGAUCUUUUAUUGGAUGAUGCCAAACCUGGCAGAUACUCUGAAUUUUUUUUAAACAAUAACUCAUUUGUGCCACAACAUCAUGCUGUCCCUGGAGAUGUGUCACAAAAGUUCAGUCAUUGGAUAAAGUCUUAACCCUGCAGCUCCACCUAUAGGCAUUCUUGCCCUUAACAGUAUGACCUCCCAGGAAAGUGUGACUUACCUAAGUUUUACUGACCAAAUUCCUUUAUUGGGAUGCUAAUUAUCUUCUGAAGCCCAAACCCAGAAUACCAGAUUAGAUUUGCUGGAGUAAUUCAUUGUUUAUCUUUCUGCCAUGUUGUAUGGCUACUUGUACAUUAUCUGUACAGCUCUGAGCUGGUCUUGGAAAGGGGCAGCCUGCCUACAGCUGGGGAACAUUUUGUCCAUAAUGGUGGAAUUGGUCUGCUCUUCAGUAGAGUAGCAUUAAAAUGUAAUUUAUGUCAGGAUUCUGUUGCACAGUUAUGCCAAAAUGUGGCUAAAUUAAACACAUUAGUUUGGUUUUUAAGAAUUUGUUUGACUGUCAGUACUUUAUGUCAAAUAACCAAUGAACUGUAGUUUGGGUGUAAAAGAUUAUCACCCCUAGUGUGUAUAAUGAUGUACAGUAUAAAGUCUAUAGUGUAUAUUUGGGUUGGACAUAUCCUGCUGGGUAUAAACAUACAAAGCAUUUAUUUGAAAGAAAUUUGGGUAUUGAAUUAAUGAUGCAAUUUAUAUCACAACAUGGCUUUAAAAUUAUGUUGCAUAGCAUGCAUUCAGAUAAUAACACAAAUGCU